AUGUGGCUGAAGCUAGUUUUAUUAUUGCCUGGAAUAUUCCUCGUGCAAAAACGCCCGUAUAGAGAGGGAGAGUUUAUGAAAAAAACUUUGGAAGAUAUACUUAAAGUUUUAGAUCCAAAUAAUGCAGCAUUGCACAAAGAUGUUUCGCAAAUUCCCAUCUCCAGACACACAACCGAACGAUGCACAACUGCAAUUAAUACAUCUCUUGAAUAUCAUAUAAAAAAUGAUUUGAAGAAUCGUAUUACAUUCAGCUUAGCCCUUGACGAAUCGACAGAUAUCACAGAUCUUUCCCAAUUGGCAGUUUUCAUAUGUUUUGUUUCACCUGACUUCGUUGUUAAAGAAGAAUUAGGUUUAGUAGCACUUCAAGAGUCAAUUCGCGGUGUCGAUAUUAAAAAUGCAUUAGAUUUCCUAAUGAAAACUUUUGAUGUGCCUCUUAAUAAACUUGUAAGCGUUGCAACUGAUGGAGCUCCGGCAAUGCUGGGGGAAAAAAAUAGGUCUUAUUUGGGCUUUUAA